CCAACUGAGCCCAUCAUGGUCCUGCUUGGGACUGACGCCACCCUGCCCUGCCAGCUGUUUCCUGGACAGAGCGCAUCCCACAUGCACAUCCGUUGGUACCGUGCCCAGCUCACCCCUGCUGUGCUGGUGUUCCACGAAGGACAGGAACAAGGGGAUGCACAGAUGCCGGAGUACCGAGGCAGAACCCAGAUGGGGACAGAGGCCAUCGCCAUGGGAAAUGUGGCUCUGCACAUACAGCAGGUCCAGGCUUCUGACGAUGGCCUCUAUCACUGCCAAGUUACAUAUGGCUUCACCUCCCAAGAGGCCGCCGUGGAGCUGCGUGUCAUAGGGUUAGGCUCUGCCCCUCUUGUUCGCAUGACAGGGCCUGAGAACAAUGGGAUCCGGGUGUCAUGUUCCUCAAGUGGCUGGUUCCCCAGACCCACGGUGCAGUGGAGGGACACUGCGGGGAACACCCUACUGUCCUCCUCGGAGUCACAGACCCAAGACGGAGACGGGCUCUUCCGCGUGGAAGCAUCUCUUUUGGUCACAGAUAGAGCUGUAGGCAAUGUGGUCUGCUCCAUCCAAAAUCCCCUCCACGACCAGGAGAAAGCGAAGGCCAUCUUCCUCCCAGAGCCCUUCUUCCCCAGGACUUUUCCAUGGAGAAGUGCUCUGGCUGCCUGCCUCCUCAUGCUAUUCAUCCUGUUCAGUGCCAUCAGCCUUGCUACCUGGAAAGUGCAUCAACACAAAGAGCAAGUGAUAAAGAAAAAGUCAGAAGAAUUUCAGGAAACGCAACAGAUGAGGAAGGAAAUGAAAUUUGCAGUGAAAAUCAGAGAUGACCUCAAGGCUGACUUGGAUCGGCGGAAGGCGCUGUACAGAGAAGAUUGGAAGAAAGCCCUGCUGUACCCUGACUGGAGGAAGGAACUGUUCCAGCUGGCUCCUGUGAAGAUAAAUCAUGAAGUACCUGACCAGGACAAAUGUGGUCCAGAGACAGAGGAGAGCAGCAGAGAGGAGACCGCAGAGCCAUCCCUCAGCAACCCACCAGGAGACCACAACGUCAUCACACUGUACCAGGAAGGCUUCAUGUUGGGGAGAUACUACUGGGAGGUGGAUGUUGUCGGGGACACUGAGGAUUGGACACUGGGAGUUUAUGAACUGUACACUCAGGAUGUGCCAUCCAAAGAAUCACUGAAGAAAUUCAGAGUCUUGGAGAAGAAGGGAGAUGAAUACAGGGCUCUUACCUUCUGUUCCCAAAACGUUUCUCUGGAAGAGCCUCUGCUGCUGGAGACACGGCCACUGAAGAUCGCAGUCUUCUUGGAUCAAGAGGACAAUGACCUUUCUUUCUACAACAUGACUGAUGAGACCCACAUCUUCUCCUUUGCCCAGGCCAGUUUCUUGGGAUCGCUCUAUCCUUACUUCACGCGUCACGCCAGGGACCUCUCUCCAUCACACAGUCUCACGUGAGGCACACGGAGAA